AUGGACAGCGAAAACAUAAGGAUUGUCAAUGCACUUCAUAUUUAUAGUCUACAUGCCCUUCGUCCGUCCUUUUCUCGCCUGUCGCUCCCCUUUUCACUUUACUUCCCACGAUCAUCCCAGGGCCCUUCCUGGACGACACGGCGGGAGUUCGGCUGGAGGGCCCUUCCUGGACGACACGGCGGGAGUUCGGCUGGAGGACAAGAAGCGCUUUGGGAGGAAGCUGGCGAAGGCGAUGAGGAGCCCCCCUCUGGUGAUGUCGAGGCUGUCCGCGAGCUGGUAGAGGAGGCCACCACGAAGGGCUUCCGCUCCGCCACCAUCGACGAGGACGCGAACGAUGUCGCCAAACAGGACCAGCAAAAGAUGGUCUUAGCCUUCUUUCGGAGCCUUCCCUGCGCCGUCGUCGACCACGUCACGAGCACUUCGCUGGAUAUUGCGGAACGUUCUACAGUACAGCACCUCGCCCAUCAUACGCUACAUUGA